AUGUUUAAAGCAAGUAAGAAGUUCAAUUUGUAUGAGAUUGAGGCAAGUUCGUUUUACAGAAAUGUGUAUUUUACAAAUAUUAAUUUGAAGUAUUGUAAUCUUAAUCCGGAUAUUAGUAUUACUUGGAACAGUAUUACCUGUUUAAGUAUUGGGUAUACAGAAAUUCAGGAAGGAUUACUUCGAAAUAUAUUAGCUGGAAGUCCUUUGUUAAGUUAUCUCAAGUUUGAAUCUUGUUAUGGAUCUUUGAUUAAUAUUGAAUCAGCAAGUGUUAAAGACUUGGUAUUGAUAAGAGUUAAUGCAUGUGAAGAUGAUCAUGUUGUUUCGAUUAAUGCUCCUAAAAUUUUAGCCCUUACAAUUGUUGGCAAAAUGUUUACAUCAAACAUAUUGUUAUGGAAUGUCUCAUCAUUGGAGAAAGCAAAAAUAGAUUUUCUAAUUCCAAGAAAUUAUAUAACUAUACGUAAAGAAGAUCAAGAAGAAGUGCUGAAGGAUGUUAUACAAAAGCUACAUCAUGUUGAAAGUGUUACUAUUGGAUAUUAUAUUCCUGUCAUUUCUCGUCUUGCUGCUAAAGGUUUUAUUUUUCCAUCAAAUUUCGUCGGUUUAUCCGUUUCAAUGGUUUACUACCUUCAUACUGAUUCAGAUGUAUCAUCAGAUCGUGAAGUUGAUGAUGAAAUUUAA